AUUAUCUGGAGAUACAUCGAAUCAAACUGCAGUUCCAGGCGCUUCUUCAGUCCCAGAGAGUGAAAAAAAAGGAAAAGAAAGUGCGCCAUGGCGUCGGCGACGUUCCUGGAGGUGAUCCUCGCCAUCAUCCUGCCGCCCGUCGGCGUCUUCCUGCGAUACGGCCUCGGGGUGGAGUUCUGGAUCUGUCUCCUGCUGACCAUACUGGGGUACAUCCCGGGGAUCAUCUACGCCGUCUAUGUGCUGGUGGCUUAAGCAAGAAGAGCCUGCAGCUAGCAGGUCCGUCGAUCGGCCUGUGAUUGGCGAGGGGGUGUGUGCAAGAGCAGAUGCUGCUGCGUUUUAGGGGUGUGAUGUGUUGAUCUGUAUGCGCGUGUAUGUAUUGGGGGUAUUGUGGAUUGUGGCUGGUGAUGAGUGUAUUCCGGAGGGCUUUUGUGCGCUCGUCGGCUGCAGUGUAUAUGAUCUUAGUGUUGGAUGUUCAUUCGUGCAAAUGAUCUUUUGGGACCAAAAUCUUAUGCAUGAUCACUAACAAA